GCAGGAGUUAACAGAAGAGGGCAUGCAUUGGGGGGCAAAAGCUGGAAGCUUUCUGUUUUCCAAACACAAAUGGAUGAGAUGCGAACAGAAGCUCGUCGAAAAAAUCUCCUCAUUCUAAUUUUGCAUUAUUUAAUGGAGGAAGGGUAUGUCGAUGCUGCAAAUGCUUUGGAACAAGAGACAAGAUUAAGUUUACGUGGCUUUGAAGUUUGUGACAACGUUGACCUUGAGACGAUUUUGAUGGAAUAUGAAAGCUAUUACUUUGUGAAAUUCCAAAAGUAUCCUAAAAUUACCAAAAAGGUCCUGGACACAGCAGAAAAUAAACAGCUGAAGACUGGGGGAAGACCAAGAAGGGCAGCAAGUUCUUCUCAUAAUCUCCCAAGGCUCAAACAUCAGGCAGUGCAACGACCAUUGUCAAAAACUUCACCUGGGAGCAAAACAGAAUUAAAAUUAUCCACCAAGGAGAGCCCCAAACAGAACAAUGACAGUGCAGGUUCUCUGGAGGAGUAUGACUUUGGCUUAACCAUCUCAGCAGUCAACAGAACUGCAGGAGACAGCGCUCAUCCAAGAAGGGGCCAAAUAAUUGACUUCCAUGAGAUGAUUCAGGAUGCUGUCAAAGGAUCAUCAUAUGGAAUAGCCCUGAACAGCCUUAGCUGUGACCCAGAUCCUUCAGAACGACUGUUGAAACCCCUUAGUGCUUUUAUUGGCAUGACUGGUGAGAUGAGAGAACUUGCAACAGUUGUAAGCAAAGACAUUUAUCUCCAUAAUCCCAACGUGAAGUGGGAUGAUAUCAUUGGACUGGAUGCAGCUAAAAGGCUAGUCAAGGAAGCAGUGGUUUAUCCCAUAAGGUACCCCCAGCUGUUUACAGGCAUUCUGUCUCCUUGGAAAGGAUUAUUGCUGUAUGGACCACCAGGUACUGGGAAAACUUUGCUUGCUAAGGCUGUUGCCACAGAAUGCAACACAACCUUUUUCAACAUAUCAGCAUCAACCAUUGUCAGCAAGUGGAGGGGUGAUUCAGAAAAACUUGUCCGGGUUUUAUUUGAGCUUGCCCGGUACCAUGCUCCUUCCACCAUUUUCUUGGAUGAGCUGGAGUCAGUGAUGAGUCAAAGAGGCACUGCUCCUAGUGGUGAACAUGAAGGAAGUCGACGGAUGAAAACAGAACUUCUGGUGCAGAUGGAUGGCUUGGCCAGAUCUGAUGAUCUUGUGUUUGUUUUAGCAGCUUCCAAUCUGCCAUGGGAGUUGGACUCUGCCAUGCUGAGGCGGUUGGAGAAGAGGAUUUUGGUUGACCUCCCAAGUAAAGAGGCACGGCAGGUGAUGAUCCAGCACUGGCUGCCCCCUCUGAGCAACAGUGGAGGAGUGGAGCUGAGAACAGAUCUGGACUACAGCUUGCUGGGCCAGGAAACAGACGGGUACUCCGGCUCAGACAUAAAACUCGUGUGCAAGGAAGCAGCCAUGAGACCAGUCAGGAAAAUUUUCGAUGCUCUUGAAAACCAUCAGACAGGUAACAGCAACCUACCCGUGAUCCGACUAGACACGAUCACGACGGCGGAUUUCCUGGAUGUGAUCGCCCACACCAAGCCCUCAGCAAAGAACCUAAGCCAGAAGUACACAGCUUGGCAGAGGGAGUUUGAGUCAGUUUGAAAAGGAAAACCCCCCCCAAAGAGUGAAAACUUCCCAGACUUUCCUAAACGGCAUUGACGAGGAGCCAAAGGAUUGAACGGUGCUGGGGAAGGAAGUGCAUGUUGCUCCCAGGAAAGAGAAGGCAGUUGAGAAAGGUCAGGGGGGAAUCUUCACUUUUUAAAACUUAAUAGGGAGGAUUUUGAAUUAUUUUUAUUAGCUGUUUUCAGUUACCAUUCUAGAAACACUCUUCGUGGAAAUACUGGAAUGGCAGUUGCUACGUUAACAAAGACUCCAGCCUUAAUUUUAUGGAUAAAGAUGUGAAAGAUUGUUUGCUUCUCAGUCUUUAUUCAUGACAGUUGCUUCCAGGUCUGUGGAAGAACUGGGGCAGGAAGCUUGUUAAAAGGUCAGUAAUUAGUUCAGGUCUCCUUUUCUGAAACUCACUAAAGCAUCACCAUCAGGGAGGCUCUACCAGCAGAGACCUGCACCCUUUUUAAUGAAAAGUGACUGUUUUCAGUGAAAUUCAAGAGUUUAGAAGUGCCUUGUAGUGGUUUGUCAUCAUUUUCACCCAAGGUGAAAGCCUUGAUGUGCCCAAUGUAUUGCUUUGUAGUUGCUUGGGGAUAUUUCCAAGGUGGAAGAGGCAAUGAAUAGAACUUGGAGACAUUGUAGAAAAUCAGGAGACUUAGGCAAUGUCACUAGAAAUGGGUUACCCACUGAAUUUGCAACCAGACAUAAAAUGCAAACAGCAAGUCUGUGCAGUGCAGUGAGAAAAGCCACCAAGUUUGAAUGUUUUCUGUUCAUCAACAUGGUCGGGUAACCAGUCAGGGUUUCCAUGUGUCCUUUAAUCAUAGAAUCCCAGACUG